AUGUUUCAUGGUGUUCAAAUGGAUUAUAGUCAUGAGGAAGUAAAUAAUCAAGAGCCCGAAACACCACAAUUUUGCACUCAAGCUCAAGAUGAGUUGGAAACAAUAAACCUUGGGGAAGAAGUCAAAACUAUAUCGGUUAUGAAUAUGUCAAAAAUAAGAUUUCAACCAAAGGAGAAUGAACUUCUCAUUCAAUCAUGGCUCAACAUUUCAAGGGAUCCAAUUGUUGGGAUUGAUCAAAAGGGAGAUAGUUUCUGGAAGAGGAUUGGUAAAGCUUAUAACAACCACCGCCACAAGAAUUUUCCAGAGAGGAAUUCGUCGGCAUUAAAAGGUUGA